AUGGCGACUAAAGAAGAGAGUCCUGUUGAGGAUAAGGAUGCAAUUGAUACGCUUGAGGCGGAAGCCAAGGAGUUCGACAAGGAUGCCGAGAUCGAUCGUAUUCUAAAAGCUUUCCGUUUAGAUGCCUACGCAGUUCUAGAUCUGAACCCUGGUGUCCCGGAAUCCGAUAUUAAGCUAGCCUACCGCAAGAAAUCCCUACUUAUCCAUCCGGAUAAGACGAAGAAUCCUUCUGCACCAGAAGCCUUCGAUCGUCUGAAGAAGGCGCAGACCGAGCUGAUGGACGAGAAGCACCGGGAGCGGUUAGACGAGGCCAUCGCGGACGCGCGCAUGCUACUAAUCCGCGAGAAUAAGUGGACGGUUGACAGCCCGGAGCUAAAAACAGAGGAAUUCGCAAAGAAUUGGCGCGUGAAGACGCGCGAGGUCCUGAUCGAUAACGAGCUAAGACGGAAACGUCAGAUGAAAGCCCAGAUGCAGGAGGAGGGCCGCGAGCAGCGCAAGGUCGACCAGGAUCUCGAGGACCGCAAGCGCAAGAGGCAGCACGAGCAGGAUUGGGAGAGCACCCGAGACCAGCGCAUUGACAGCUGGCGCCAGUUUCAAAAGUCCAAGUCCGGCGACGAUAAGAAGAAGAAAAAGAAGCUGAAGCCGAUUGGUUGA